CGAAUGGCUCUUUCUGUCUCAUCCAAACAAUAUGGCCGUGGCGGGUAAGGGGACGCAGUAAGCCUACGAAGGACCAUGAGGUCCCAGACUCACGCUGCUUGUGGCAGCGGACCGCCACGUAUAACCACUUUUAGGCGUGGCAGCGCGUCUUCUGCUCCACCGGGCAAAUUUUUGCCGCCGCUGUUCGACGCCGGUAACCAUGCUUCCCGGAGACUUUGGACCCCUAAACGCCGGCGUAUGGUCGGUUUAUCUGCCCGUCCCUCUUGUAUCAAGGCUAGUCAAUCUGAUGACUCUGACUGUGAUACUAGAAGGGAAAUUUUAACUGAAAUUUUGGAGUCAUCGGAUGGAGCUAGAAGCACCAGGCGACAAGUGUUGGCCGCGCCAGUUCUUGCCAUGGGGGCGUCGUUUCUUCUUGCGGCGACAACGAGGGCCGAGGAUAAAGUGGCUGUCAAUGCGACGCCGUCGCCGACGGAGGUGAAAGCUAAAGGGGAUUUGCCGGUUUCUGAGCCUGAGGAGGAGAAAAAGAAGGAAGAAGAGGAUGUGAUAACAUCGAGGAUUUACGAUGCGACGGUUAUCGGAGAACCAUUGGCGAUUGGGAAAGAUAAAUGGAAAGUGUGGGAGAAGUUGAUGAGUGCUCGAGUUGUGUAUUUGGGGGAAGCGGAACAGGUUCCCAUUCGAGACGAUAGGGAAUUGGAGCUUGAAAUGUUGAAGAAUAUGCACAGACGAUGUAUCGGAAGCGAGAAACGAUUAUCUUUGGCCCUUGAAGCAUUUCCAUCUAAUCUGCAGGAGAAGCUCGAUCAAUAUAUCGAUAAAAAGAUAGAUGGAGAAACCUUAAAGUCUUAUACAUUACAUUGGCCACCUCAAAGGUGGCAGGAGUAUGAACCUCUUUUUAGCUACUGUCGUGAUAAUGAAAUUCGUCUCGUUGCUUGUGGCACCCCACCAGAGGUCUUAAGGACCGUGCAAGCAGAAGGAGUUCGUGGGCUUUCAAGGGCUGAUCGUAAACUUUAUGUUCCUCCAGCUGGUUCAGGCUUCAUAUCAGGCUUUACUUCAAUCUCGCGCAGAUCACCAGGAGAUGUGACUACUCCAAAUCCAUCUAUACCUUUCUCAUAUCUAUCUGCACAGGCAAGAGUAGUUGAAGAUUACACCAUGUCCCGGAUCAUCUUACAAAAUGUUCAGGAGGAAGGAGCUGGUGGUAUGUUAGUGGUUGUGACUGGUGCAAGCCACAUUACUUAUGGAUCAAGAGGAACUGGAGUGCCAGCGAGAAUUUCAAGGAAAAUGCAGAAGAAAAAUCAAGUUGUCAUAUUACUUGAUCCUGAAAGGCAACUCAUUCGAAGAGAGGGAGAAGUACCCAUUGCUGAUUUCUUGUGGUAUUCUGCUGCCAGACCAUGUAGUAGAAACUGCUUUGAUCGUGCUGAGGUUGCACGGAUUAUGAAUGCAGCUGGUCGGAAGAGGGAUGCCCUUCCACAGGAUCUUCAAAAGGGCAUUGAUCUUGGUUUGGUAUCACCUGAGGUGUUGCAGAACUUUUUUGAUCUAGAGCAGUAUCCACUGAUUUCAGAACUCACUCAUCGAUUCCAGGGAUUUAGGGAACGAUUAUUGGCAGAUCCCAGAUUCUUGAAUAGAUUAGCCAUAGAGGAAGCCAUAUCAAUAACAACUACACUAAUAGCACAGUAUGAGAAGCGGAAGGAAAAUUUUUUUGAAGAGCUUGACUAUGUUAUAACAGACGCAGUCAGGGGCUCAGUUGUUGAUUUCUUCACAGUGUGGCUUCCUGCCCCGACUUUGUCAUUCCUUUCUUAUGCUGAUGAAAUGAAUGCACCUGACAACAUUGAUGCUUUGAGAGGUCUUCUGGGCUCCAUCCCAGACAAUGCAUUUCAGAAAAGUCCUGUGGGGACUAACUGGGAUCUCAAUCAUAGAGUUGCAUCUGUUUUAUUUGGUGGCUUAAAACUUGCUAGUGUUGGGUUUAUCUCAAGUAUAGGAACUGUGGCUUCGUCAAAUGCAUUGUUUGCAAUUCGUAGAUUCUUUAAUCCAGCAGUUGUUUCUAAUCAACGGAUUAUAAGAUCACCGAUACUCAAAACAGCAGUUGUGUAUGCGUCUUUUCUUGGAAUAUCUGCAAAUCUUCGUUAUCAGAUUAUCGCUGGAGUUGUGGAGCACCGGCUUUCUGAGCAGUUUUCAUCCCAAACACUUCUUCUUAAUAUAAUAUCUUUUGUUGCUCGGACAAUCAAUUCCUAUUUGGGAACUCAGCAAUGGAUUGACCUUGCCCGGUCUACUGGACUGCAAGUUAAAAAGACCGAAUCAUCCUCUCUACAAAUACCAGAUUCUCCUAACCAAGCUGCAGUUGUGUGCAACGAAACAGAAGAAGCCGGUGUUGACGAUAUCCAAAGCAAAUGAGGUGACAAUACUCCUGCCUCAUUUUCAGUAGCUUGUGCUACUAAGGAGAAACUUAUAUACGAUUCUUUAUAUUUUGUUAUCAGGUUCCUCAAGAUAAUAAGUGUGUGGUGUUCCCAUAAUAACAGGACAAGGUUGUUUUUAUGUUCAGCUUUACUGAUUUCUUUUUUUUUUUUUUUUAAAUCAUAGAUGUUAUAAUUUUAUUGGAAAACCUGGUAGCAAAAAACAUAAAGGAUCGUAUUAAGUUUACUUUUUGUACAGUAGACAUAACCGAAUAGGAUUUCUUCAUUUCAUGUUUAUUUAUAUCUCUAUGACGAACACAUAUUCCUUUCACUACUCAAUUGUAUACCAUUUUAUAUGAUUCUCCCAGUUCA